AUGGAAAAAGGAAGACGAAUUAAAGUAGCUAUGUGAGAUUUCGGACAUUGCGACCCCAAGCGAUGCACAGGAAGAAAACUAGCUCGAGAAGGGAAAAUUAGAUUAAUAAAACCUUACAAAAAAUUCAGUGGCGUAAUUCUGAGUCCUCUGGCAACUAAAACAAUUUCAUGUGAAGAUACAAACAUAAUUCUUGAGCAUGGAAUAUGUGUGAUUGACUGCUCAUGAGCUCGAUUGGAAGAAAUCAAUUUUGGAAAGCUACACAACGGUAAUGAAAGAAUUUUGCCUUUAUUAAUUGCUGCAAAUUCAGUGAAUUAUGGAAAGCCUAUGAAAUUGACCUGCGUGGAAGCGAUAGCAGCUUCACUCAUAAUUUGUGGAUUGCAAGAGGCUGCGAACCCUUUACUCGAGUCAUUUGGGUGGGGUCCUGAAUUUAUAAGAAUUAAUCAAGAUUUAUUGGAAGGCUACUUAAAUGCAGAAAACGAGCAAGAGGUUAUUGAUGCACAAGCACAGUUUCAAGAAACUGGAAAUAUGCAGCAGCAAAAUGUACCGACAUUCCCCCCUGCUGACUCUUCUGAGGAAGAAGAAGAAGAAGAGGAAAACAAUGAAGAGGAACCAGAGCAAGACCAAUAA